AUGGAUCCGGAUCCCUCCCGCCCCGACAGUAUGACUCCGCUGCUUCAGUACACGCUGUACCAGGAGAAAGAGGAUCGAAAGACUCUUCAUGGCCACUGGCAUGGUGCACAGAAGAAGAUGACCCACAUAAUCAUCGACAAGGUGAAGAGUUGGAACAAGAUCAUCCAGGAGUACGACGAAGUCGAGGCCAAGAAAGCCGGACCGAGCGACAACGGCGGGCAGAAUAUCACCUCAUUGUGCGUGCCCAUUGUCAUCUUCGAGCACAUGGCCACCAGGAGAACUUACCCGAAGAGCAACGCUGCCGUUGAUAGAGAUAUACUCGACACCGAGAAUGAGCUGGCUGAGUACGUCUUGACCAAGUUGUGGCAGGAGAGAAAGACACGCUACAUGCAUGCCAAGCAUAGCAACCCUUUCGAUACCGACCAGGACUUCCCAGCCUUCAUCAACACUGGUCUCGCGGAUGAUGUAAGAUCCUUCGACCCGGAUAUUCGCCUCGCCAGACUCAUGGAUCAGCCUCGCGAGCAAGAGAUCCAGCGCUUGAAGGACAUCGCUCAGAUUUGGUGCGACGGCCAGCGUGUGUCGCUGACCGCGCCCAUCUUCAACAUGUAUCAUGCCACGAACAAGCAGCAUGAAGAGAAAAGAAUGCGGUUGACAGAGCAGUCGUUAGAGUUCGAGUUUCAACGCAUCUCUCUCGAUGAUUCAGAGGCCGGUGCGAGCUCGAGAGAUACCGAGAUGCUCGGCACCACCGGCUUCAACACCGAUCCCAGAGUGGUCGCGAGACUGAGUGGCCCGCGCGGUGCGACUUUUCCCCCUCCGGGCCACUCGUCGGUCGACCGGCGCCACUUUGGCUCGUGUUAG